AUGAAAAUGUGGGGACCCUCCCAACGAGAUUCCUUCAGAGAGAUUACAUAUAAAGUGAAAUUCAAGUAUGACGAUGGUGACUACUCCUUGGCCAUUGAUUUGAUGUCUAGGGAUUGUAUUAAUGUCUAUGAGUUGAUUACCGAUAGGCUACUGGUUGAUUUCCUUUCAAAAAAGCUGCUCAAGCUAAGAUAG